AUGGGUAAAGGACGUCGCAUGAAGAAGCAGGGCCCCCCGGCCCCGCUAGAUGAAUCGAAGAUUACCAUUCUGAAGAAGCGCAAGGCCGCCGAGGCCGAGUCAGCCCCUAAGGCCGUCGCGGCCAAGAAGCGCCGGCGAUCCGAUGCCGAUGAAGAGGUCGUUACCAAGAAGGACGUCUCGAAGAAGAAGAAGUCUAAUGGUGCUACUGCCAAUGGUGAUGAAGAUAUGGAGGAACUGGAGGACGAGUUUGAAGAUUUAGAUGGAGUCAGUGAUGGAUCAUUGGACAGUCAAGAUCUUGAGCGACUGUCUGAUCUAGAGGGUGAUGAUGACUCAGUUCUUGACUCCGACGAGGAGGGCCACGCCCGCGAAGCCAUGUUCUCAGAUGACGAGGAUCUGUCUGACGCCGAAGAGAAAUUGACUGCUGCCAAUAUCGAAGGACUCUCACGGAAAUUGGAUGCUGCGCGGCAGCUUGAGGAGGAAGAGGCUGAGGCCGAGUUACAGGACGCUGCUAUGCAGACUAACAUCGCUGGCGACCAACCCGACGUGUUCGCCGAUCAGACCCAGCAAGGCCUCGCGCCCGAUCUGCAGCUUCUGCGCCAACGUAUCACCGAUACCAUCCGCAUCCUGGGCGACUUGAAGAGUCUUGGUCAGCCGGACAAGUCUCGUGCCGAGUACAUUGAUCUCCUGCUUAAUGAUAUUUGCACCUACUACGGCUAUACUCGAUUCUUGGCUGAGAAGCUGUUCAACCUGUUCACUCCUAUGGAAGCAUUCGCCUUCUUCGAGGCCAAUGAAACCCCUCGCCCUGUUGUUAUCCGUACCAACACCCUCCGAACCAACCGCCGCUCUCUUGCUCAGGCUUUGAUCAACCGUGGUGUCGUCCUCGAGCCCGUUGGAAAGUGGUCCAAGGUUGGUCUGCAGGUUUUCGAGUCUCCUGUCCCCCUUGGUGCCACCCCCGAGUACUUGGCCGGUCAUUAUAUUCUUCAAGCUGCCUCAUCUUUCCUACCCGUCAUGGCCCUGGCACCCCAGCCCAACGAGCGGGUUCUCGAUAUGGCCUCCGCUCCCGGUGGUAAGACGACCUACAUGUCCGCCUUGAUGCGCAACACUGGCUGCGUGAUCGCCAACGAUGCCAGCAAGCCCCGUGCCAAGGGUUUGAUUGGUAACAUUCACCGUCUCGGCUGCAAGAACACCAUUGUUACUCACAUGGACGCCCGUACUGCUUUCCCCAAGGCUAUGGGCGGAUUCGAUCGUGUGCUUCUCGACGCUCCCUGCACCGGUACCGGUGUUAUCUCCAAGGAUCCUGGUGUGAAGACCUCGAAGGAUGAGCGUGAUUUCUUGGCUAUUCCCCAUAUGCAGCGUCAGCUGCUACUGGCUGCCAUCGACUCCGUGGACCACUCGUCGAAGACUGGCGGCUACGUCGUUUACUCGACCUGCAGUGUCACCGUUGAAGAGAACGAGGCCGUGGUGCAGUAUGUGCUGCGCAAGCGCCCCAACGUGAAGAUUGUCGACACCGGGCUCGGCGAUUUCGGUAGCCCCGGCUUCAUCAGCUACAUGGGCAAGAAGUUCGAUGCCAAGAUGGCUCUCACCCGCCGCUACUUCCCGCACCGUGAAAACGUCGACGGUUUCUAUGUUUGCAAGCUCAAGAAGACUGGCCCAACCCCCGUCGCCCAGUCCACUGACGAUGCAGCCGCCAGCCAAGACAAGCCUCGCCGUGCUAGCUCCCAGGGAGCUUCUACCGACGAUGAGUCCUACGACAAGACCCCGAUUGUGGACGAGGAUGGUGACGGUAUGGACUUCGAGGGAGGCAACUUCGGGCCAUUCGAGGAGAACGAGGAUGCCGACCGCAUCGCGCGCGCCGAGCGCAACCGCCUGCGUCGUAAGGGUAUCAAUCCCAAGGCAGUUCUGAACAAGCCCAAGAAGACCAAGGGCGAGGCGGUAACCGCCAAGUCCGCCGACCCGGCCGAGGCUGCCAAGACGGAAGUUGAGGCUGAGGCUCCCAAGAAGGCCUCCAAGGAGGACAAGGUCGAGAAGAAGACGGCCAAGAAGGACGUCAAGAAGGAAGUGAAGAAGGACGUCAAGAAGGACGUCAAGAAGGAGAAGAAAUCACCCAAGAAGACAAGCAAAUGA